UUUCUAUAUAAUCAAAACCCUUCCAAUUACAUCAUAAAAAAAAAAAAAAAAUUAAACUAGAAUGGCUACUCAUGGUAUUCACGGAAAUCUUCUCGAAGUCACUGUUGUUGGGUGUAAUAAACUGAAAGAUACAGAAUGGAUAUCAAGGCAAGAUCCAUAUGUUUGUGUUGAAUAUGGUAGCAAUAGAUCUCGAACACGUACUUGUACAGAUGGAGGAAAAAACCCGACUUUUCAAGAGAAAUUUGUGUAUACACUAAUAGAAGGGUUAAGAGAGUUGAAUGUUGAUGUUUGGAAUAGCAAUACUUUGAAACAUGAUGACUUCAUUGGCAAUGGAAAGGUUCAAUUGGCAAAGGCUCUUUCACAAGGAUUUGAUGAUAGCACUUGGCCUUUGAAGAGCAGCCAUGGCAGGCAUGCUGGAGAGGUUCGGUUGAUUAUACAUUAUUCCAAUGCCAAUAAACCAGCAGGCAGUCAUGGUCCAUCAGCUUCAUCACACGUUGCACACCAAGCCUUCUAUUCCGCACCACCACCACAUCCAUCAGUAUCAUAUCCUCCACCAGCUACUGCUGCUCCAUAUCCACCAGUUGGAGGUUACCCUGCACCAUCUCCCUACCCCUCAUACCCUCCUAAUACAGGUGCCUAUCCACCUUCUGCAUACCCACCUCAGGCUACUCCUUAUGCCCAGCCUUAUCCACAGGGAUACCCACCAAAUCCAGCUUACCCUCCUCAACCAUAUGGAUCCCAACAUCCUCCUGGUCCUCCAUACCCAGGAACAUAUCCUCCGCCCUAUUGAGGUAUAUUUCUGUCACCUGUCAAACAAAAUUGCAAUGAAACAGUGGGUUAAAUAUCCCAGCUAUGGCUGGAAGUGAACUUUGUAAGAGUGACUUGAUCUUCAUGAGUCGAGACUUAUUAUGUUUAGCCCUUGAGAUUUGCUUGCUAGUUGUGACAACAAAACCCCCGUUUUCGUUCUGUAUCAUAUUUUAGUAUUUCAUGAAUUGUUGAAAGUUGUGAAUUUCAGUGUUA